AAAAAAAAAAAUAUCAGAGUAAUUAUAUCUGCUUGCAAUUGAUGUAAGCGGAAAAUAGGAAGAAAAAAUGACGUAAAGGAAUAUAGAAAUCGAUAACAAUAAAUACUUAUGCACUUACAGUUGUCAACUUGUUUUUAAAAAUGUAAUUCCUCGCGUUAUAUCGUCGGAUCGCAGUAAUGUCAGUAAUUACGAUAAUUGCAUAGGGGUAAAUUCCAAGGGAAAACUGUCCCAUUUGACAGAGCGCAAAAAAUAUCGACAUCUUAUAAAUAUGGUUAGUAGCACUUAAUGAAAGAGCUAUCCUCUAAAGAUACCCUUUGUUUUUAUAUAUCAUUAGAAAUAUAAAAUAACUCGUUAUCGUUUAAUCGAAUAAUAAUUUUCCUUUCUCUUCAUUUUUUAAAAUGUAUUGUAUUAUCGAAAAAUCUUAUUAGCAGAAUUCAUCGAAAUGUAAACAGGAGAAGAAGCUAUUGAAAAUUUUGAUUAUUUGAUCCCGAUUUGCAAAGAAGAAUAAAUCGUAUCGACAAAUAAUUUAAAAUGCACUUAUUGCGAUGGACAUUCAAGCUUUUCGUUGCCACUGGAUACUUUUUAUCACCGAAAAUCAAGUCUCCGAGAAAACGAUUUCUCUACAAUGUGUAUACCGUCGUCGUGACGUUAUUUUUAUUAAGUUUCUUGCUCACGUUAAUUAUGCAAAUCGUUUUCAACGUGAGAACUGCGGAUGAACUCAGUGAAAAUUUCGGUAUAACCAUCACGGUGUUCACCACCAUUUGUAAGUUUAUCAACUUACUAUUCCGACGAGGAAUUAUCAUAAGUUUAUUGGAUUUGUUGCAAAAGGAGCCCUUCUUGCCCAUGGACAUAGAAGAAAUAAAAAUUCACACGAAAUACAACAAGCUGAUCGAGAAAGUCAGUAUUUUUUACACGUUGCAAAACGUAUCCUGCCUGGUCGCUUUGAUUGGCGCAACGUUAAUCACCGAUUUCAAGAAGAAAAAAUUAACUUUCGAGGCUUGGAUACCUUUCAAUUACACCGCCUCGUGGUUUUUGUUCUCUUUAACUUUUAUUCAUCAGUGUGGAUGCGCGGUGGUCACUUCCUUUGGUAUCAGUAUUUUCGAUACCCUAUUCGCCGGCCUUCUACUUCAAGUAUGUUGUCAAUUGGACACGCUCGUAUACCGAUUGCAAAAUAUCAAAGAAGACGCGAUUCAAUCGUUGAAAUAUUGCGCUCGCCAACACGAAUUAAUAUACAGAUUCACCGAAUUGAUGAAUAAAUUGUUCAGCUCGAUAUUGUGCUUGCAAUUUUUGAUUAGCGCGGUCGCAAUAUGCUUUAGCGUUUAUCGGGUAAUAUAUACGAAAACCGAUUCACAAUUUGCAGGGGCGAUAAUAUUUGUCUUUUCCGCGUUAAUUCAAAUCUUUUACUUUUGCUGGCACGGGGAUAUAGCAAAGUACAAAAGCCUUGAGAUUCCCGACAUGAUAUUUAAUAGCAAUUGGCCGAAUUUGAGCAACGAAGCUAAGAAAAUUCUCUUGAUAAUCAUGGCACGUUCAUUGACGCCUGUCGAGGUCGUCAGCGCUCACAUAAUACCCCUCAACCUGGAAUCUUUCAAGCGUUUAAUAAAAGCUACUUACUCGGCGUAUAAUAUGCUGCAACAGACUAAAACGGAAAUAAGUAACAGAAUGCACAAACUUUCUCUGUCGUUCGCUCUUCUCACUUACGGUGGCUAUUGGAGGCCAACAAAAUGGCCGGCUUCCUCUUACAAAUAUCACUUGUACAACAUUUACUCGGCAUUCAUGAUUUUCCUCUUAUACUUCAUCACGUUCUGUACUUGCGUGGAUUCAUUGAUCAGCAAAAACUUGAAGACAAUGAGCGAAAAAUUUUCCCUCUGCAUCUCGGUCUUCGGUGUUUCCCUCAAAGUGGCCAAUUUGUUCCUUCAACGGGGGAAAAUUAUAAAUAUAAUGAACAGUUUGACGAAGGAGAAUUCCAUUCCAAGGGACGAACAGGAGGAAAUCAUUCAACGGAGGAACGACAAUUACGCGAGAAAAGUGACCAUAUAUUGCGAGAUUCUGAACGAAUCGGCAGUGUUCUUCGCGACAGUGGGUCAAUAUAAAAGAUUCAUAAAUACCAGAACAUUACCCGUAUCCGAUUGGAUACCGUACGACUUAUCCUCGACAGAAUUGUACAUUAUAUCCCUGUUGUAUCAAACUGUUGGACUGUUGAUCUGUGCGAACGCGAGCGUGGGCAACGAGACCCUGAUUGCCGGAUUGAUGAUACAAGCUGGCGUGCAGUUCGAGAUAUUUUGUCAUCGAGCACAAAAUCUGCCCUCCCUCGUGUUGACGGUAACACGAAACAGCAACGUGUCCAAAAAGGAUCUGAGGAUAAGAUACAAUAAGAUUAUUGGGAAUUUCGUUCGAUAUCAUCUUGAAAUAUACGAAUUUGCCGAAACGGUGAACACCGUGUUCCAGUACAUGAUUUUUCUACAGUUCACCAUAAGCUCGGUGGUUCUAUGCCUGAGUAUCUAUAAAUUUUCAACGGUAGAUCCGUUGAGCAUGAACUUCGUCUGGAGCGGCUUCUAUUUGUGCUGUAUGCUUAUGCAGGUGUAUUUAUACUGCUGGUUUGGGAACGAGGUGACGUUGAAGAGCAAUAAAGUAAGCGAUGCUAUUUACGAAAUGGAUUGGACGAUACUUCCUUCUAACGUAAUGAAGGAUUUAUUGCUCGUUAUAGCAAGAUCUAAGAAACCGGUGAAAAUAACCAGUGGUCAAAUCUUUAUCUUAUCCACGGAAUCUUUUAUGAAAAUCAUGAAAAUAUCAUACUCCUCGUUCAAUAUUCUGAAAAAUUCAACGAUGAAGUAAGAAAAUUCAAUUGUUACCUAUUUCAAUUUUUACCGACGAUAUAUAUAUAUUAUAUAUAUAAUUGUUCUCGCUCCAAUUGUACUUUUUUACAAUUAUCAUAAGGAGUAUUUGUGUAUCCUUUUUUAUCGUUGUGCAUUAUCACACACUUUCAUCGAUGUACCUACUCGUCACAAACAGGAUUAAAAAAAAAAUAAUAAAAAGAAUUCAUCAUCAAGAAUUGUAUCGAUAAUUAAAAUUAGAAAAAUCGGUCAUCGAAUAUCCGUCCAUACAACUCUACCAUCGUUCAUGGUAUUUUUUAAUUUUAUCGCAUUGUAAUCCAAGACAGAGCGAAGAUUUUUAAUAGAAUUAUAACUAUUUCCCUAAAUUUUUUCCGAUGUUUUGUCUGACGCCCGGCUCACUUAUCAAAGCCGCCAUAUUUUUAAACAUUAAGAAUUUUUAACGACACUUUUAGAAUCACGUUACGCAAGUUUAUUUAUCGUUCUGAUCGAUUGCUCGAUCGUUCGGACGAAUAGCACGAAAGAAGGAUAACUGGAGGAAAGUUGUGAUGAACUGAUUCGAGAAGCAUUUGAAGCAUUCAAAGCAUUCGCUUUGGAGGAACAUCGAUUUCUUCGUGAUCAUCGUUAAUAUUACAUUUAUCGCCUUUUUUCAAGGUUGGUUACGCGAGCUUACCAUUCCAAAAGUUUAUUGUUUCUGCCCCUCCGACUUGUAACAGUUAAAAGUGUGCAGUGUAUAUAACCGAAAUACUCGAAAAUAAUAACGAUCGACGAGACGAGUCGAUUUUUUUUUCGAUCGUGCGUCGAAUGGCCGGCAAAAAAUGCCUUAUCAAAAAUUAUAAAAUAAAUCUCCUUCUAAUUAUUCAUUAGAUACAAAACUAUAUCAUAUCUUAUCUUUAUAUAACCAAGUAUAUAUAUCUCGAAUCAUCGACGAAGAUAACUAAAAACGUGGUAAAUGACAUCAGUUUCAAUUUCUCUCACAUUCGCAACACGUCGAUCUAUAUAAAUUCGAUAAUAUCGAUGGAUCCAGUUACUAGCCUGUUCCGAUCAAAAGGUGAGAGAAAUUUUCGAGGAGGCGCGAGCAGAAAAUAAACGUGCAGGGCCCCACCCCCG